AUGGAAUGUCUAGGCGAAGAUGUUUUGUUCGCGAUAUUUUCGUUUUUAGAUGUUAGGGCUCUAUGCUGUGCGAGUCAAGUUUGUCAGCAAUGGAAUCGAAUCUCGAAUUCGAACUUUCUUUGGAGAUCACACGUUAUCCAGCUCUGUACAAAACGUAAGAUCUCAGCUCAUCUGGGCAGAGCUGAAAACUGGAAAAUACGUUAUGUGCAACUUUCUACAGGACGGCUAUAUCCUCGUUCCUCGUCGAAGACGGAAAAGAAAUUAAGCCUCGAUACUUUGAUUGCUAAUCUAUUUCCUGUAAAGACAGCAAAAUUUGUCCAGUUAACGGUCAAGAAACGGCUUCCAAUUCGUGAUUUUGUUGAAAGCCACGGGCACAAGUAUGUGACUGGGAAAGCAUUUUAUCAGCACACGAAAAGCGAGACGAUUAGCAUGAAAAAGAAAAUUUUGCUUCAAGAAAAACUCAGUGGCCAACUUUUUGAAGGAAAUGCUGUUAGAGAGAUACUGGGUCUGAACAAGGAACCACCAGAUUGGAAUAUACAUCCGUCCAAUUUUGAUAGACGCAUUGCAGAGUUUUACAGAGUGUUUGUUCAGAGCACUUCAGUAAAUCGCGCGUUAGUAUCCAAUUCGCUGCUACUUUAUGAAAUUAAAUAAUCAAGCCUUUCUUUUGUAAUCACAAAAACAGUCUGGGAGAAAUUGUGGACUGUGUGCCUGCUGUUAUUUAAUAAGUAAAUUAAAUUUUCCGCGUUUAAUAAGCUGGGUCCUCGGUAGUAUAGUGGUGAGUAUCCCCGCCUGUCACGCGGGAGACCGGGGUUCGAUUCCCCGCCGGGGAGGAGCUGAAUUUUUUUUUCCUCCUUAUUUUGACUCGUGCACUUGUGAUAGAUAUUUCCUCCGAAUUUUUUUGUCUUCAAUACGGUUUUUUUCAGUGGAAGUUUAGAAGUGUGCAUAAAUGUGCUCUAUGGUAAAUGUGAUGUUUUUUUAAAUUUUCUUGCAUUCAAAAACUCCAAUGCAAAGGCCACACUCAAUACGCAUUCAUUGACCAAGUGGUGGAUGUUGGCCAAGUUCUUUUUCUUUUUUCUCUUUUUUUGCACUUUUAAGUACAGAGACUAGUUCAAUAAAAAUGAGAAGAAUGAACAAGGCCAAUGUUCACUUGCUCUUGUAGCCAAUCAGAAGGGACUUCAUAAAAUAGCCAUAUUGCCAUGUAAUAAAUUCACUCUGGGUAACUUUUCUUGCUGAAACCUCGAAAGACUUGGAAAUAAUUCUCAUAACAACUGUACUGAGUUUUACGAAUAGUCUUUCACGCACUAGCCUUUAUUGUAGCCUUAAGACAAGUUUCAUUUAUUCAAACCUCUUCAGUUUGGCUAAAACUGUUACAAUAAAUUCACUGACUUCUCAAUAUUGCGACUUUUAUGUAGAGUAGAACUCCUUGCACAGAUUACUAUUGAAGUUGCUAUAUUUCUAAACCAUUCUGGUUAAUAAUGCCUAUGAAGUGGAAAGAUCUUGCACAAGGACAUUAGUGAUGACCACCUGUCCCUGUCACAGAUCGAAGUGACUGUGCCUACCACAUCCACGUUCUUGUGUUUUUUUUUUUGCUUUUUUGUUAAUGAACAUCUAGGGACUGGGUUCGAAUUCAAUUUUUGUUGUUGUUGUUGUUGUUGUUUUCAUUUUUCAAGGGUAAACUAAGCUGUUUUACGACAGGGCCUUGCCUUGCAUGGGUCUAGAGUCGCGUUUAUAAUUAACUAUAACUAAUUUUUUUUUUUUAUUUUGUUAAUCAUAUGUCUUGUUAAUUCUUUUAUGAUUGCAGUUUUGCAUCAAUAAAGUGUCAAAAAAAAGGAAAAAACCUUUUGUCAAGUUGGACAUGUAUGACAUGAAAACAUGACUACUGGUGCAUUUAGAUGUUAUUAUAUCAAAAUGGAAAUUAGGAAAUUGAGUAAUUUUAUUUUUCAGUGGACAGAAACCUUGUUUUAGAAUUAUUUCAAGCAUAUUGCAUCCUUUUUUAACACUUUUAACUAAAAGUUAUAAGUUAUAUGAAAUAACUCCAAACAAAAGGUUCUUAUGGGAGCCCGAGAAAACAAACUUCAAAAGCUUCAAAUUUCACAAAAUGAAAUCUUGCGCAUGAUGAUUUUACCUGUGUUUUCUCAAUUCCUGUAAAAUUUGAAAUAUAUUUUGUCGGGUUUCCAUAAGGAAUUGUCUUUGGCGUUAUUACAGAUGACUAAUUAUAUCUAUAGCCCUUGAAAAGUGUACAAAAAAAAAGUCAUAUGGCCUAAAAUAUUCUGGUACAAGGUUUUUAUCAGCUGAAAAUUGAAAUUACUUAGUUUCGUGGUGGAUUCUGUCUAAAUUAUUUAUACGCGAUUUUUUUUUCUGUACAUGUAUUUCAAUUUCCUUUUUCUGGUUGAAUUUGAAUUUGGUUUGAGGUAAAAUUGGCUCCUUUCCUCUCCUUGAUCUUAAGCUCCUUUAUAAAAGAUACAUCUCCUGGCUAGCUUUUAAAAAACCAGGGAAAUUUGCUUUCAAUAGUUGCUUUCAAAAUAAAACUCAACAUAGUUAACUUUAUGUGUCAACAAAAGGUAGGAACACACACAAAAAACUAAUUUUCAAUGCCCCCUUUGACUUAAGAUUUUUAAAGACUGGACUUCUUGUUGGUUCAGGUGUGGUUUCUAAUUUGAUGAUGGGUGAUUUUAUUCUACUCCCGUUGCGUAGCAUCCUUAGAUAAAAUCAAAUUAUUCCUGAAAAUUCUACGAGUUUUUGACCAGAACUACAAAAAUAUACCGGUUUGUUUACAUUUGUCUAAGUCAGUCCAUGAACACCGUACUUUUUUCCUCCUUGUGAGUACCAGUUCAAAUUACUGACGUGUCAUGACACCAAAUCGAGGUUACGUGACAAAAAUAUCAGGGGUACAAUGAAUACAACAUGGCGGCAGCGCGUGCAACAUUUCUCUCGUUUGCUGUCGGCUUCUCAUUUGGGAUUUUUGUUGUGACUGUAGUGAGUUACUUCAAUGCUGAUAGAAACUCACAGAGAAUGCUUGUCCAGGUCACUAAGUCUCCUCCACUUAACGAAGAUGACGACUUAGACAUCACGCAUAAAAUUGUUCAUCGCGACAGUAACAAGUUCAAGGUUGAAUCACCAGUGGAUUUUGAUGCAGAUCUUAAAGAUCANUUAAAGACUGGACUUCUUGUUGGUUCAGGUGUGGUUUCUAAUUUGAUGAUGGGUGAUUUUAUUCUACUCCCGUUGCGUAGCAUCCUUAGAUAAAAUCAAAUUAUUCCUGAAAAUUCUACGAGUUUUUGACCAGAACUACAAAAAUAUACCGGUUUGUUUACAUUUGUCUAAGUCAGUCCAUGAACACCGUACUUUUUUCCUCCUUGUGAGUACCAGUUCAAAUUACUGACGUGUCAUGACACCAAAUCGAGGUUACGUGACAAAAAUAUCAGGGGUACAAUGAAUACAACAUGGCGGCAGCGCGUGCAACAUUUCUCUCGUUUGCUGUCGGCUUCUCAUUUGGGAUUUUUGUUGUGACUGUAGUGAGUUACUUCAAUGCUGAUAGAAACUCACAGAGAAUGCUUGUCCAGGUCACUAAGUCUCCUCCACUUAACGAAGAUGACGACUUAGACAUCACGCAUAAAAUUGUUCAUCGCGACAGUAACAAGUUCAAGGUUGAAUCACCAGUGGAUUUUGAUGCAGAUCUUAAAGAUCAUCAUCACCAUCUCUCCUUAAAUAAAGAAGCUCUGAAGGAGCAGCAGGAAAUAAGAAUUCUUUGCUGGGUGAUGACAAGUCCAGAAAAUCUUCCUAUCAAAGGAAAACCAGUCAAGGAAACGUGGGGAAAGAGAUGCAAUGUUCUUUUGUUUAUGAGCUCUAAAGAUGAUCCUAGUUUCCCGGCGAUCGGGCUGGAUGUCAGUGAGGGUCGCGAUCAAUUGUGGCGUAAAACCAGAGCAGCUUGGGAUUACGUCUAUGAGCACCACAUAAACGAUGCUCACUGGUUUAUUAAAGCGGACGAUGAUACGUUCGUCAUAAUCGAAAAUCUCCGCCACCAGGUUUCAAGUCUGGAUUCCGAGAAACCCCACUAUCUAGGAAGAUACUUCAAGCCUUUCGGCGGAUACAACAGUGGCGGAGCUGGUUAUGUGUUCAGCCGAGAAACUUUGCGUAGAUUUAAGACAGCACUAGGUGAUUCCUCUAAAUGCUCUCAACAAUCAUUUGCAGAGGAUGUGGAGGUUGGGAAAUGUCUGAAUGCAAUGGGUGUCAAGCCGGCAUAUACCAGGGAUAAGAGUGGUAGAGAAACCUUCAUGCCGCUUCCCCCGGAACAUCACCUUAUCCCUGGGUAUCUAAACAAAGAUUUUUGGCUUUGGAGUUAUGACAAUAAUCCAUACAAAGAUGGACCAGAAUGUUGUUCUGAUCAUGCCGUGACUUUUCAUUAUAUUAAUCCCAACAUGAUGUACGUGUUGGAGUAUUUAGUUUACCAUCUUAGACCUUAUGGAAUGAUUCAUGAUGAUCACAGUUCU